AUGAGUGACAAUCAGGCAAACAACGACGCCACGGAAUACGCGCCUCGCAGCUGCCCCCCAGGCUUCUCUGAUCACUCCUUCAAGACCGACAGCGGCGUAGAGCUUGCUGUACGAAUCUGGCCCGCUGAUCCUCCCGCCAAUGAGCCAGCCCCAGUGGUAUUCUACACCCACGGCGGCGGCUGGCUUGCAGGAAACCACUUCGCACCGCUCCCAUGGAUGCAACCUGGCUUUCGCCAGCGAGGCUACCAUAUAGUAUCCCACAAUUUCCGUCUUGGUCCACAGGCGAGCUAUGAUAUGCAGUUACAGGAUUGCUUGGACGCCGCGAGUUGGUGCCGCGCCAAUCUCCCGUUCAUACUCGGCACAGACACGGUAGACGUGAACCAGCUGAUCCUCUGCGGUGACUCAGGCGGCGCACUCCUCACUGGCCUCAUGGGCCACCAUCUAUCACCACCGCCAAAAGCUGUCAUUCUCGUUUAUGGAGUAGUCGACCCAGCAGCGGCAUGGCCCAUCCUAGCGCCUGUUCCCGAGAACGCCAAAGACGCGCCGGCAUGGGUUGGCGAGUUCUCUGAUGCUGAGCUGGAAGAAUUUCUAAAAGACAGAAAUGAAUCCAACAUUUUGACCGAUGCGCUAUGGGCUGAUGAGAAUAAAACUGAGUCCGAGCAGGUGCUGAGUGAACGAUGGGGAACCGAUGUCCGCUUCACCCGUCGCAUACGACUCCAGGCGGAGCUUCACCAGUGGCGUUCUGAUAUAGCUGCGCGUGUCGGUUCUACUGCCAGGUCUGUGCGUCUGGGCUCGCUACAUGCUGAGCGCUUUGCGGAUGAAGCAGCGCUGGCUGCGUUUCUGCUGUCUAUGUCGCCAUCUCCGCUUCUUGAGACGAAGACAUGGUAUCCGCCAACGGCUUUCCUGCAUGGCAUGGGUGAUAGGGCUGCCCCGCUUGCACAAAGCCAGGAUAUGGCUAGGCGUCUCAAGGAGAUGAAUGUACCGGUCGUCGAAUGCUAUGAGCCUAAUGAAGAUCAUGUUUUCGAUCAUAAGUAUACUAGCCCUGAUGUGCCGGGAUGGGACACAUAUAUCCAGCCCAUUCUGGAUUUUUGCAACCAACAUAUCCGGUAA